AAGAGAUUAAUAAGACAUCAUUGGAAAGAAUUUCGAUGUAGUUUGAACGAAUUUUGCUUUCAAUAUCCAAACAAUCAGUCCAAAGAGAAUUCCGAAUUACAAUUUCAAUACCCAAAGAAAAAGAAAUGGACCAGACCAGUGGACCGAGUUAGAGUGAGAACAAAAAAAAGAAAAAAAGGGUCAAAAUCCAGCAGCAGCAGCGUCUCUGAAUUCCUCUUCGAUGGCUUCCUCGAGCCAAGCCCUGGAAUCGCUCAUCAACUCGGGGCUCAAUCUGAACAUGAGAACGCAAAACUCCAUCUGAUUCAACGCGCCGUCGCCGUCCAUAUCCCCUUCCUUGACCAUCCCGGCGAUCUCCCCGUCCGACAAGUCCUGGAGACCCAGAACGGCGGCGUUUCGUCUCAGGCUCUCCGUCGUGAUCACCCCUUUGUCCUUGUCCAUCAGCAGCUGGAACCCAUUGCAGAGCUCCUUAAUUAAACCUUCCCCGCCUAACUUGUCGGCCAUCACCGGCAGCAGAUCUUCGAACUCCCCUCCGGCUUUCGGCGCCAUUUUUGGAAUUGGGGGAAAACGAGAUGAAAUGGUUGGAAUUGGGAUUGGGAAUUGAGAAUUGAGAAUUGGGUGUUUGAGGAGGAAUGGUGGGGGGGAAUUGUUGGUUAUAUAGUUGGGGAAGGGAAGAAAGGGUGAAGGAA